AUGGCUGCAUCAGAGGCAAUGCGGGAAAAGGCUACAUCCCAACUGUCUGCACUGCUGCAGAAGAUGGAAGAGUUCAGAAGUGAACCCGUUAGUGCCAUGACGUUUGCCAGGGGAAUAGUGGACAAGAUGUGCUCCACUUGUAGGGAUAAAGAAGCUUUUCGUGACCAACUGAUGGGUCUACUAGCCAACUUAAAGGGUUUGGACGGCGAGUUGUUGAGUUUAGGACCAGACACUAUCGCCACUAUGAAGCCAAAGGAGAUGCUCUCAGUGGAGGAACGCCGCAAAAGGGACCGAUUCCUAAGGAAACGGAUUCGUGAGCACAUGCUGCAUGAUUCCACUAAGAUGCUUUGCUCGACCUGCAAACUCGUAAGGCGCGAUCGACUUAACGUCAACCAGUUAGCACUUGAUUCGGAGGAGAAUGGAACUCACUUUGAAUACAACUUUGAUAACCAGUGUCAAUGUAGUAGCCGUAGUGGUAGCGAGGCGGCAUCUAGUACAUCAUCAUCAUCUUCUUCGUCGGAUUAUGGAGGCGGCGAGGGAAGCAGUGAAAAAUCGUUGAAGGGUUGA